AUGAACCAGCCGCUCAACAGCCGGCCCAUCAUCGGGGUGUUGGCAGAUGUAGCCAGUAAAGACAGUCAGGCUACAAAGGGGUAUUCCUACAUCCCUGCUUGCUAUGUGAAAUACCUGGAGGCAGCCGGGGCCAGGGUCGUACCUGUCAGAUUAAAUCUCUCAGAAGAAGAAUAUACCAAGAUAUUCAACUCAAUAAACGGGUUUGUGCUGCCGGGAGGAUCUUCCAAUCUGCUGGAGUCGCCCUACAGUCGAGCCGCCGGUAUAAUGUUCAACUUGGCUCUGAGGGCCAAAGAUGCCUCGGACUACUUCCCCAUCUUGGGAACUUGUCUGGGCUUCGAGAUGCUGACUGUAUUAGCAGCGAAGGAACACCUGCUCUCGCUCACUGACACCAUGGGUGUGGCUCUGCCGCUCAACUUCACACCAAUGGCCCGUUCCAGCCGUCUGUUUCAGAGUUUCCCCAAAGAUGUGCUGAGGUCUCUGACCGAGGAAAACAUCUGCCCCCACUUCCACAAGUGGAGUCUGUCCACCGAGAGCUUCAACAGGAAUCCCAGGCUACAGGAGUUUUACAAGGUCCUGUCGACGAACCACGAUGGGAAGCAAGAAUUCAUCUCCACUAUCGAAGCCUACCAGUAUCCAAUUUAUGGAUUACAGUGGCAUCCGGAGAAAACCCCCUUCGAGUGGAUCGACAAACCGGGGAUGAUUCACUCCACCGCUGCAAUAAGAGUCUCCUUCUACUCUGCCAGCUUCUUCGUCUCUGAAGCCAGGAAGAGCACCCAUCGUUUCCCGAGUCAGGAGGAGGAAGAGAGAGCGCUCAUCUACAACUUCUCUCCCAUCUUCACUGGCAAUGGGUCCAUCUUCAAGCAGAUCUAUUACUUUGAUUGAUGAUGAACCCGUCACUGGAGGGAGAUCUCCAACCUGAUGGAGUCAGUGACAUUGAAAGCUCAAAUGUAACAGCGACAAUUAGCAACUUUAGCUGAUUUGCUCAUUAUUAUGUGAAUGUGCUGAUAAUUUGUUUUACAUUUUGAAAUCAUGAAAACAAAUAAGAAUCAACCAGAUUUAAGCUCCAAUAUAAAUUAAGAUCAUCCAUAUACUGCCACACAUCUCGUGUUGUUCCUAUGUAAUAUUAUCCCAUAACAUUAUCUCUGCUAAUCAAUUACAUUUGAAUCCAGGCUUGUUUGUUAGUUUGCAGGAUUACACAAAUACUACUGAGCCAAUUUAAAGGAAGGUUGGUGGAGGGAUGUGGAACGGAUCAGGGAAGAACUUUUUACAUUUUAACCUUUGUUGACGAAAAAUAUGUUCAUAUGAUGUGCAGAUACCAUUCUUAAACUGAGUCUGAGUACAAAGUGUGUUUGUAUGUGUCGGCACGAGUGAGCAAAUGAGAGGUACAGAUGUUUCCUGUUGUUAUGUGUUAUAUCGUGAACACAGACAAAUCAACAAGAAGAAAAUAAAUAUCUUAACUUCAGAGUCAAUCUGCAGCGGCUCAGAUGGCGUCAGCUGAAGUUCCUUCACGUGUUCCCUGGAAGGAUCUUUUUCACACUGUAGGUGUUGCAUGUUUGGAU